CUCCCUCUCUCCACCACCACCUCCAGGACACCCAGGACAAGUUAUAAACGACGGAAACACGGAGAACAACACCGGGCCCUGCUGCUCUUGGUUGUCUUUUCCUGUUUGUCUUCGGGAUCCUGAAGAAGGUCUCCGGCACACCUCUGUCUGUCCAAAAACGGUAUGAAGAGACGGAGCCCAUAUUGCCUUGGAUGAGAGCCAGCUGUGUCAGCCCAUCAGUAUGCUACUCUGCUUCUAUUCUGUGUAACACGGUAGGAUGAGGAGGAUGUGAUACAUUCUGGCGGUCACGGCCAGAUUCCCGCCAGAUGACCAGAUGAGGUGCAGAAAGAGACAGUGAGGCUGAGGAUGCAGAUGCUGUCACAGAGAGCUGAAGGCAUUCCUGCGAGCUGCGAUGGGACACAGUAAGGCCGUGGACACGAUAAGAAAUCUCUGCAGUGCUCCUUUUCAGUCACAACACUAACACUAGACAAUAUAAACGUCCAUUAUCUAAAAUUAAUGUCAGCUGUGUUGCGGAGGCAGCCUCAAGCUGCGCCGCCAGAUCUGAGACAACCCAUGGAGGCGUGGCCUCAAUGUUUCCAACGCUGCUGCCACUGGUAACGAACAGCGAUGCCUUCUAAGGUCUCCUGCUUAUAUUUGCUGACAGUGGUUUGCUGGGCCAGCGCUCUGUGGUACCUGAGUGUGUCCCGCCCUUCCACUUCCUACGUGGGACAGCUGACUAUGCCUAUACGCAAAACACCCAAGGGGAACAAGAACUCCACCUUCAGCAACAUCCGCACGCGCUCGCUCAACCCGCACGACUUCGGCUACCUCAUCAACGAGGCCAAGAAGUGCGAGGCAGAGCCCCCGUUCCUUGUCAUCCUGAUCAGCACCACUCACAAGGAAUUUGACGCACGUCAGGCCAUCCGAGAGACAUGGGGUGACGAGAGCACGUUUCCAGAAGUGCGCGUGGUCACGCUCUUCCUGUUGGGCCGCAGCACUGAUCAUGUCCUCAACCAGAUGGUGGAGCAGGAGAGUCAGAUCUUUCAUGACAUUGUAGUGGAGGAUUUUAUUGACUCUUACCACAACCUGACGCUUAAGACACUGAUGGGGAUGCGCUGGGUAGCCACAUUUUGCUCUAAGGCUCAAUAUGUCCUCAAGACGGACAGUGACAUCUUUGUCAACAUGGAGAACCUCAUCUACAACCUCUUGAAGCCCACCACCAAGCCCAGGAGGAGGUACUUCACCGGCUACGUCAUCAACGGUGGGCCAAUCAGAGACAUGCGCAGCAAGUGGUACAUGCCCAGGGAUCUGUACCCAGAGAGCAAGUACCCCCCAUUCUGCUCCGGCACCGGCUACGUCUUCUCGGCAGAUGUGGCGGAGCUCAUAUACAAGACCUCCUUACACACCAGGCUGCUGCACUUGGAGGACGUGUACGUCGGUGUGUGCCUCCGUAAACUGGGCAUCCACCCAUUUCAGAACAGCGGUUUCAACCACUGGAAGAUGGCCUACAGCCUUUGCCGCUACCGCCGGGUGGUCACUGUCCACCAGAUCUCCCCAGAGGAGAUGCACCGCAUCUGGAACGACAUGACCAGCAAGAAACACCUUAAAUGUUAGCAGGACUAUUAGCAUAAGCGUCGGCGGGAGAGUCAGGGAGGAAUGCUUCUCUGUAAUUGGCAAAUACUGUAAAGCACGUAGCACUGAGCAAGGAACAGUAUUGUUGAAGCAUCCAGGACUUUGUCCAGGCACUGAUUGCUUUACCAGGAGGCCAAGGCCAAAGCAAACUCCUUUGUUGUCUACAUCCUCCCUUACUUCAAGGUGUUGAUGAGAGCUGCUCAGCUCAGGCUCACAAAACAGGCACAAAGUUGGAAAUAUGUUUUCCAAAAAUGUGCAAAAUGUUCAGCCGGUUUGUUGUCAUCGCCAGCAGCACUUCGAUUUUUAUAGGACAGGAAGCAAGGAGGCUUGUGUUAAAGCGCUCAUUUAUACGAGACACAAACUGUCCCCAAUUAUUCAACUGCACAUUACAUAAAUGCCAACACACUUCUUUGAACCCAGACAUUCGCCUCUUGGGUUAAUCACAAGCUCUAAAUAUGAAUGUUCCUCAUGUAUUUUCAGUUGUUGUACUCUCUGAACAAGGUGUUAAUGUUGGAUGUACUGUCUGGCACUGCAGCAGCUGUCAUCACCGUGAGGACCAUGGUGAGUUUACAGCGUAAUGACUCAAUGAAAUCGGCUGAAACGCGUGUAUCAUCUUGGAAAGCAGCAGAAUUAAGAGCAUUAAAGGGGUAGCUUUCAUAUAUUUCAACCUGGACCUCAUUUUCCUGUGUUGUUGUUUUUUUUUUGUCAAAGUGACUAAUGGGGACAUGUUUUGAAUUUAGUCCAUUAUUGAGUGAGAGGGCUGCAGACUACAGCAAUAGCACACCGUCAAAAUCCGUCCAUUAAAAGUGCUUGUCUUUGCCACUGAUUGUGAUUAUUUAUCUUAUAAUAUGUAUGACAACAUUAUGGAAAGAAGCCCACAGAGAAGAAGAGGUCUCUCUCUGAGGUGACUUGUUGUAGGAUGUCUACAGUGGAAACGUGACCGCACUAAUGUCAGCCAAGUUUGUUGUGUAGGUGAACAGAAAGCGUAGCCUGUAUUUAUUUGAGCCGGAGCAUACGGAUAAGACUACAAAUUGCAGAGCGGACAAGGAGAGAGAGCGUUAGAGUGUGGUGUUCUUGUAGGAGCUGCGACCCUAUGCCCACUAGGCCUGCACAAGAUAAGAAAAAUCUGUCAUGUGCAAUAACACUGUUCAAUAUUGCGAUGACAGUAUGAUAAAUAAACAAAUAUUGAAGUGUGUAUAUUAGCUAUACAGUUAUAUCAGCCUUCUUGUCCUUAAAUUAGAAGUGAAUUAGAAUAUUUUAAAUAAAUUGUUGUUUCUAGAGCAGAAACAGUAAUGUUUACAACAGCAAAGUCAUUAUAUAAACUCAAUAGUAUCUCACAGGAUACACAUCUAAAAUGUCAAUAAAAUAAAUAAUAUUCCUGACGUCAAAAUACUGAUUGAAGAAUCAGUAUCAGUCAUUCAUCCUGUCCUCUGAUGUAACGCUGGUAGAGAGGAGAGGGGCUGGUUUGCCAGCAGCUCACAUCAAAACAAGAAAUUGCCACAUUGUAACACACGUGGUGAACUAAGCUAAACAGACUACAGACAACAGCUUUUAUUUUAGCUUGUUUGUAACAAUUUGGUACUAGCUGAGCUUGCACUGUGCUUGUGUAAAAGAGAGACUGCAGACAGAGCAGAUAUCAUGUCUCUACAGGUUUACAUGUUGAUGCUUGUUGAACAGUGUAUUGAUAAAGUAUUGGCUUUUUACAAGUGCUUUUAUUGCACUCACUUAGGGUAACAAAUGGAGUUUUCGCUAACUCAAGUAGUUUUUUGUUCACUUGACUUCAUUGUCUCCACUGCAGACUCUGUGUGUGUGUGGACAAGCUGCAGCCCAUAAUAAAGACUCCAAUCUUUGGCUCCCAUUUAAUACCGCAUUUCUGUACCUGUCCCCACAGAGGAAAUGUCACAGACCGGCUCAGGCAAAAGUAAAUAAAGUAAAAUGUAAACUUUUCUGCGGGCUUUCCAUAAUUUUGUCACUAAUAACAAGUCUAACAAGCACUUUUAAUCGAUUUUCUUGGCGCGCACUUGCCCACAAGGAUUACGAUGAAGCCAGCUGCAGGCUGUAGCUCUUCAAAACAUGUCCCCAUUAGUCAAUUUGACACAAAAACAUGAGAUAAUAAAGUUCAGGUUGAAAAAUAGUGACCUUUACGUGACCCUUUAAAGACUGGACGUGUUAUAUUCUUUUCAGAAUCAGACAUAUUUUCUUACAACAGAUUCCACAGAUAUUUGUAUUGUGCAAUGAAAAAACAUUUCUUCACAAAGUAUCCGGACAGCGUGAAGAUAUCGGCUGCUUGCAUUCCCUAAGUGAAUGUUACUUCUGUUAAUGUGUAACGUGCAGUUAUUUGUCUCAGGCAGUGCUGCGAGCACGCUGCAGACUAUUAUAUUUUCUAUUACUUGAACAUGAAGGAGAACAGAUGUACUGUACGAACGGUGUGUUCCGAGGACAAAUAUUACAUUUCUGAGUGCUUUCUUCUUUUCAUUUACUUGAGAUUAAAUAAAGCGCUUUUAUAAGA